UCCAUCGUAACGUAAUUGAACGUGAUCGUCUCCUCUUGCUGAGUGCUGUUACUGCUGAUGAGUGUUUUCAGUUGGUAAGAUUUCACAAUCUUCACGGAUCUAUGAUUUAACAUGGUCACAGUAGCAGCUGUCACAUCCCUGGAAAUCAGCGUUACACAAACGAUUGAAACGAUACGUGGCCCUGCGUUGAUGGUUUCGUAAUUAGCCUUGUUAGUGCUGGAGCGCCCGUCAGCGCCGAGUCGCGCAAAAAUGUAUUCAUCGUAUGUCAUCGUCGGUGCGUUGCUUAGCGUAUCUUCGCUCAUCUGCGGGAGUGAGCUCGAGUACGACGGCUGGCUGCAGUUGAGGUUAUGGCACGCGUUCAACGACGAUCCGGUACCCGUGUUCACAGAACGGGGAAACGUCACUGUGUCCAGUGUGCGUAGCGGUGCGUCCGUCGUUGGGCAGAAUGGCCUGCUGCCGGCGCAGAUAAACGCUCUGAAAAAUCUCGCCGAGCACGAUGGCAAAUAUAGACUGAAGGUGCUAGCUCGCAUCUCUUCCGGCAGUGAAAUCGUGUUCCUCACCUCGGUGCCAGCGUGCUACCUCCUUGGUUCAGAUCUAGAAGAUGUCAUAACGAUAUGGUUGGAUAGUACAGCAGAGCCGAUAGCUGUGAGCAUUUCAUCUUCGGGACCCUGUAUGUUAGAUAAUCCCUUCACAAACAUGUGGACUACAAACGUCGUGGUCAGAUAUCCGGAUGGCGGUCCAAUUCCCGACACCGCUACGUAUAUUCAGAAGCUUGAACGAGAACGGGAAGCAAGAGAGAGAGGAGAAACCAAAGAUAAUCGUUCAUUUCUUGCAAAAUAUUGGAUGUAUAUCGUUCCUUUCUUGAUCUUUUUGCUGUUGUCAUCCGCGUCGAAUCCCGAAGCUGGCGGAAGUGCACAAAGACAAUGAUCUUCUAAUAAAAAAAAAUUUGUGCCUGUGUGUGCAUUAUACCCUUAAAGAGUGGUCUUGUGGAAACUGUCGAAAUUUAUAGUAUAAU